UCGAGUAUGAUGGCAUAAUCGAUAGAUUCCCGUGCAGCGAGAGAAUUCAAAAUAUUGGCUUAACGCCAGAGGCGACGGCGACGAGGACAACGACGACGACGACGACGACGAGAGUGAAUGCCGCCAAAAUAAGCACGCGGCAAAAGGACGAGUGGACGCGAGUCAAGUCUUCUCUCGAGAACGCCGCGCCAUGGAUACAUUGAUGAUACGUCGGCAAACAAAUCGAGUUGAGACGCGACGAUCCUCCGUUCAAAGAUAAUCCAACCGCGCCGUGUUAACGUAAAUCGCGAUCGCAGGCAAUGACAGGCGGCUCGAUCCUCCACGAUCCUCGAUGGAAUCUAGAUCGACAAUGACUAAGAGCCAAGGGAACGGAUCGUCGACAAGCAACGAGGCUCACGGAGGAGCGUGUUUAACCAACAACACCGUCAUGCUCCAACGUGUGAAUAUCAUCGGUCAAAAUAAUAGCCGGCGUUUGGAGGAGGGCAAGUGGCAGGUGAACGGUGUCCAGGCGGCGCGGGUAAAGUGCAACACAUUGGCAAAGGGCAACAGUUGCCCCGUGAACCAGUGCAGCAUCGUCGCCUCUAGGGGGGAUCUCGCUCGAAAUAACCGCACCGCGAGAGAGACGCCGGCGCCGUGCAUCGUUGACAAGAGGAGCAAGACGAGCGUGAACGCGGCGAGUACUCGCGCAAAACGUCGGGACAACUUGCCCCUCAAACGAGACAUCCCCUGCGCGGAUGAUUUCGGGAAGGCUCAACGUCCCAUAAGAAAAUCGUUCUCGGUACCCGACUGUCUGAGAGAAGGUCUUUCGACGACGCGGAAGAUCGGGCGAGGAACGGGCGAGGAGGGCAUUCUGAAAAAGUCUUCCGCGUUUCUGUCCAAUUUCGCCCAUCCGGCGGGCAAAAUCAGGGAGAGGAAAUUGAACGAUCCGGGGGAAGGGUCGGAGUCGAGCUCCAGGUAUCCGAGUUUCAAGGGUUACAUCUCGUUGCUGAACAACCAUCUCGACCCGUUUCAACGAGCUGGCUCCCCAACAACGUUGCUGGCCGAGCGGAGGAAAACGAACGGCGUAAAGAAAUCGGUGUCCUUCAGUUCGGACACUAGCUUCGAGGAGAAACGCGCUCCUUAUAAAAGAGCCGCCGUUCACGAGGUCAAGGUGUAUCACAAGGGUGUUCUGCAAGAUCGUAGCGUACGCGAGGUGGAUAUCGUCACGAAAGUGCCGUCCUCGUGGGAAGAAACCUCCGAGGGCCCAGCGGCCCUUCUGAGGGCAGCAAGAGACGCCGACGAUGCGGUCCUCAACGAGAUCGCAGUUCAAGUGCGAAAAUUUGGAUUUGGGAGCAUGGACGUCAACAUGGCUGAUAGCAGCGGCAGAACCGCCAUCAGCUACAUGGCUGGGAACGGCGCCUCGACGAUGUUGGAGCUAGCGCUCUCGUUCGAAAGGGCGGAUCCGAAUAUUCCCGACAACGAGGGCAACACGCCGCUUCAUUUCGCCGCGCAAGCCGGGCAAACGGAAUGUUUGAACAUACUGCUCCAAAGGUGUCCGGAGAUCGAGGUGGACGCGAGGAACGCGUCGGGUUUCACGCCGUUGAUGAAGGCAGCCCUUCAAGGGAGGACCAAAUGCGCCAAAAUUUUGUUGUUCGCCGGCGCGAAUCCGACGUUGAGAGAUCACGGGAGAGGGUUGAGAGCGGAACAAUGGGCGAGAUUUUGCGGCAGGUACGUGUGCGCCGAAGUGAUCGAAAGGUUCGCCAGGCAUCGACUUCUUGAAAGAUCAACUUCUUGCCGGUGGGGUAGCGAACCUGAACUGGCGGCAAAAGUACUGCAAGGAAAGGUCGUGCCAAUUCCUAGUACACCCUUGUCGUCCUCAUCUUCGGGGCUGAAAUCAAAAAUAAGAAAAGUGUUUCGCACAACAUCUGGUCCAGACAGAAAUUUUUCUCUCGUUUCUCAAUUAACUAGCGCUGCCCUUUGCGCGAGCAGCCCCGCUCUACCGAAAUCCAGCGACGUUCCUCCCGUUGUUAAAAGUCUUCUUCGACCGUUGAGCGUUCCACAGUUAAGAGUGACGUUAGUUUCACCGCAAGAUUUCAUCGAGCAAUCAAAGGACAAAUACGGGUCAAAUUUCACAGAGAAGAUCGAGAAUACGGUAGGAAAACCAUCACGGUCAAAAAAGAAAAAUAAAUAAAUUUGGUGAAUUUGUAUUCGUAAGCCGAUUUGUCGAUGAACGCGUUUCUCGUUCUCGAAAAAAAAAUAUUUUUAAGAAUUUCGAAUUUUUAUCAAUUCACAGUUCCUAGCGAGCGACGCAAAUCUCGCUCUUUUUUUUUUAAAAAGAUUAUAGUUGUUAAACGAAUUCUCGAACAAUUCUCCAUCGGCAAAUUUUUUUUCUUUUUUUUUUUUAACGUCAUAGACACUUGUUUAUAUAAUCGGACAGAGAAAAGGAUUGCCAGCGUUCGUUGGGAUUAUUUUUUCUUCUCGCAUGUUAUUAAUCGUUAAACUUGAGAUUCGAUAUAAGUAAAUGAUGCUAGUAGGUGUUUAAAACGCGUGAAAUUUAUUUUUAGUAGUUUACGAUUUUGGUAAACUAUACGAGAAGAGAAAAUACGCAGAUAGGCCAACUUCUAUAAAAUCACGGAUACCAAAGAAAAUCGAUAAGAAUAGGUAUAGGUGAUGAACCAUCGGAUCGAUAAAGUAUUUUUAAAACGAUUUUAAAUAAUCACCCGUCAAAUUGCGAUGAGAAAUAUCGCUCUCGCGAUUUUUCACUUUAUAAACGGAAUAUAAAUAAACUAACGUUUUUUUCUUUUUUUUUUUUAAUCGCGCAAUGGUGAUCAUCGAACAAAUUUAUAUAAAUAAAUUUCUCGACACAAAAGUGACACUAUUUGUUUGUAAAAAUAUCUUAAAAGACGAAAAUAAUUAUUUUUGUCGAGAUAAAAAUAUAGAUGUACUUAAUAAUAUAUAUAUAUACUUGUACAAAAACAUAUCGAAUACCUAAAUCAGUACAUCAUAAUAUUUAUAUUUGUACAUUCAAUUUUACAUAUACAUAUACAUAUAUUAACAUUUAUAUUUAAUGUUCGAACGCAAACAGUGCCAAAUUUUAUGAAUCAAUAAUGCGUUCAAUAAAAAUAAAAGUCUAUCUUCUGCUAUAUAGUAUACGGAAUAACGAGGUAGAACAAAUGAGGAGAGAUUUGUGUAUGAUGAAUGAAAACAAUUUGUCUCCGUACCUCGUUUGUUGUUUAUUACUGUAAAAGAAAAAAAAUAAAUCUUUUCAAUCAAA